AUGUGUAAUAUAUUAGAAAUAAGAGCAUUUUUAUCAAAUGAGAAUUCUCUCCUGUCUAAUCGUUGCAACUCCAUCCUCUAAGAAGGAGACCACUCAAAUAACCCAAAAACAGUCCUAUUUUAAGUUUUUCAAAGGGCCAGCUCUGAGAGAUGCAAUCUAAGAAUAUUUGAGAAAUCACAUGUAUUCAUGGUGAAUCCAUUCUUUAGAGUCAUUGUAAACUGGUAUUUAUUAAUUAGGUUAGUAGCUUCAAAUUGGUGUAGUUAAUUUGA